AUGCAGGACACCUGGACGGCUCGCAAAGCCGAGCAGCUCCAGGGGUACGCGGACCGCAACGCAUGGAAUAACUGCUUCUCCGCCACCAAGGUGGUCUGCGGUCCGCCAAACAAAGCAACUGCUCCUCUUCUCAGUGCCGACUGUAGUAUCCUAGCCACUGAGGAGACACAUAUUCUACAGCGAUGGGCCGAGCACUUCGGAAGCGUCCUCAACCGUCCCUCCACCAUCUCCGAUGCCGCCAUUGCUCGUCUGCCUAAUGUGGAGACCAACACCGACCUCGACCUCCCGCCCUCCCUCCACGAUACCAUCAGGACCCUGCAGGAGCUUUCCAGGGGAAAGUGCUUGGAUCGGACGCGAUCCAUGCUGGGAUCUACAAACGUGGUGCAUCCCAACUCAUGGAUCAUCUGA